UACUGGUGUGUGAAUGCCUGGCUCUCCACGUAUUCAGAUAAAGCACCCUUCCUGCCACGUCAGCGUUUCCUUCCUUCUCUCUUCUUCAGUUUGGUCACGCCACAAGCUCUUCCACUCUUUCAUUUCACUUGUGAUUUUUUUCUUCUUCCCUCUCUUUCUCUAACAGCAACUCCAUUCUCUCACUCCGAUUCUGCAUCGGCUUCAUGGCAGUUACACUGCGCAGCACCAACAACAACUUGCUUCCGUUAAGCUCUUCGAAUUGUUGGCUUUCGAAAGGCUCCCCUUUUGCAGGGAGAAAAGUGUCAGACUUACAUUGCGUACUAUUGAGUAAAUGGGGGAGUUCAAGAAAGGGAUGCCUCAUACGACAUGAUGUUUUAUCGAGCAGUAAUUAUGGUCUGUUGGGCUUUAGAAAAUGCUAUUUGGUUAUUUCUAAACCUAGAAGGGGGGCGCACCUGUUACCAUUUGCCUCCUCUGAUGAUGGUGUGACUGUCAAUGGGAGCCUCCAAGCUAGCACCGGUACUGACCUAGAAAAAAUGAGGGUGGAACUGAAUAGAUCACUGGAAGAUGAAGAGUUUUGCGAUGGACUUGUCCAAGCUUUAUAUGAUGCAGCCAGGGUUUUUGAACUGGCAAUUAAAGAACAUAAAUCGUUCUCACGAAUGUCCUGGUUAUCAACAGCCUGGCUUGGGGUAGACCAAAAUGCAUGGGUGAAGGCACUGUCUUGUCAGGCUGCUGUGUACUCCUUAUUGCAAGCUGCAAGUGAAAUUUCAUCUCAAAGUGACGGUAGAGGCAGAAAUGUUAAUGUAUUUUUUCAAAGGAGUUUGCUAAGGCUAUCUGCUCCCCUGGAGAGUUUAAUUAGAGAAAAAUUAUCAGCCAAACACCCUGAAGCAUAUGAAUGGUUUUGGUCUGAGCAAGUACCAGCUGCAGUAGCAUCCUUUGUUAAUAAGUUAGAAGGGGAUGGACGCUUUACUGCUGCCAUUGCAUUGUCUGGAAAAAAUAUGGGUUUAAGCAGUGCAAGUGACAUAUCACUUCUUCUGCUUGCACUAACAUGUAUUGCUGCAAUUGCUAAACUUGGUCCGUCAAGAGUUUCUUGUUCGCAAUUCUUUUCAAUGAUCACAGAGAUAUCCGGUAGUUUGAUGGACAUGAUGGUUGGUUUGAUUCCUGUAAGUCAAGCAUAUAAUUCUAUAAAAAAUAUUGGUCUGCACAGAGAAUUUCUUGUACAUUUUGGUCCUCGGGCUGCCUCAUGUAGAGCAAAAGAGAAGUGGGGUUCAGAAGAGGUUGUUUUCUGGGUAAAUCUUGCUCAGAAGCAGCUACAGCAAGCUAUUGAUAAGGAAAAAAUAUGGUCAAGAUUGACAACAUCUGAAAGUAUUGAGGUCUUGGAGAAGGAUUUGGCUGUUUUUGGGUUCUUUAUUGCUUUAGGCAGAAGUACAAGGUCAUUUCUUUUGACAAAUGGUUUUGAUACUCUAGAUGAUCCAAUUGAAGAUUUCAUCAGGUAUCUUAUUGGAGGCAGUAUUUUAUACUACCCUCAGCUCUCAUCCAUUAGUUCAUAUCAAUUGUACGUAGAGGUAGUUUGUGAAGAGUUGGAUUGGCUUCCAUUUUAUCCGGGAAUCACCAGCGUUACAAAACAAUCUCAUAUGCAUAGAAGUAAACAUGAAGGUCCUCCCAAUGCUGAAGCAGUGCGCCAAGCUUUUGAUGUUUGCUCUCAUUGGAUGCAGAGCUUUAUUAAAUACAGUACAUGGCUGGAGAGCCCUUCAAAUGUGAAAGCAGCUGAGUUUCUGUCGACAGGGCACAAGAAGUUGAUGGAAUGCAUGGAAGAACUUGGGAUGAUUAGGGAUAAGGCAUUGGAGACCGAAGGCAAGAAAGCAGCUCAUAGACGUAGAUCUACAGUUCAGUCAACUAUAAAAGAGUCAGGUUCUUUUGAUGAGGCAUUGAAAAGUGUUGAAGAGACUGUUGUAAGACUUGAAAAGUUGCUUCAAGAGUUGCACGUAUCAAGCUCUAGUUCUGGAAAAGAGCAUUUGAAAGCAGCCUGUUCUGAUUUGGAGAAAAUACGAAAACUUUGGAAAGAAGCUGAAUUCCUGGAGGCAUCUUUUAGAGCAAAAGCUGAUUCUCUGCAAGAGGGGGUUGACAGUGGUCGGACCUACUCACCAGUUGGUGAAGAGGAGGAGUAUAUAAAAGGGAAAAGCAAAAAGAAUCCUAAUGUAAGGGUGGACAGGAGCAAAAGAAAUGUUGGGAAAUCCCGUGGAUUCUGGAGCAUCUUUGGACGUCCUGUCACCAAAAAGCCUGGCUUGGAGUCUGAUGCGGAUCCUUAUGAAAACAAUAUUGAACAGUCUGCACCAAACGUAGGGGUUGUGGACCAAGAACCCAAUGAAAUCCGCCGCUUCGAGCUUCUGCGAAAUGAGCUAAUAGAACUUGAGAAACGAGUUCAAAGAAGUGCCUAUCAAUCAGAAAAUAAUGAAGAUUUACUGGUUAUUGAUGAUGGUGCCCCUUAUAGCGAUGAUGCUGGGGGUGUUCAGAUGGUCAGGGUUGAGAAGAAAGAAAAUAUCCUGGAAAAAUCUUUUGGCAAACUAAAAGAAACAGGAACGGAUGUUUGGCAAGGAACUCAGCUGCUCGCUAUUGAUGUUGCUGCUGCCAUGGGUUUACUUAGAAGGGCAUUGAUAGGGGAUGAAUUGACCGAGAAGGAGAAGAAAACACUUAAAAGAACCUUGACUGACAUGGCUUCGGUUGUUCCUAUUGGUGUUUUGAUGCUUCUUCCAGUUACUGCCGUUGGUCAUGCAGCAAUGUUGGCUGCUAUUCAGAGAUAUGUGCCAUCUCUAAUUCCAUCCACUUAUGCACCAGAAAGGUUAGAUCUCUUGAGGCAGCUUGAGAAAGUAAAGCAAAUGACAGCCAGUAAUAUGGGCUCAGAUGAGGAAGUGGAUGAAGAUAAAUGAUCAGAAGCAAUGCCGAUUUAUGUAUAGCUAGCGAAACUAUUCUUUGUGAUCUGAUGAAAAUUGGACUGCUUUGUUAUCCUCUUUCUGGAAAAAAUUUGUUGAUGCCAAAUUUCUCAGAUAGAAGUUGAGCAUAGAGAAGUUCAUUCCACGUGUCUGGCACCCCUGGUAAGCACCAGUGGCUGCAAUCCUGUGGGGCAUCAGGUGGAGUGCCCGGUUCCCGGUACUUGGAAGGGUGACCGUCUUUCCUCAACUCUGAAAGAUAUGUGAUGUUCAAAAAGUGGACUUUCCUGCUCUCGUGUUGCAUCUGUUUGACAACACCAGAAACAAAUAUGUUAUAAUAUGGUUCAAUUUCAAGUUUUGUAGGGUCAUUUUCUGGCUCUGUUUCCAUGUCACACUCUCCUCCAUCAUUCCACGUGCCAUUCCUGUAUAGUAAAGACUUGUCCAAAUGUAAGCAUGCCAUCCAAAUCCCCUCCCCCCAAUACAUAUAUUUUAGAUCUAUUCUAAUAAAGAUCAGUACAGUAUUUGUGAAAAGAAAAGUGGGGGGACUGGGAAACUGGUUUCAUAUUCAUAAUUGAUGUCUAACUUUUAGUUAAGUUAUCAUCUAAGUUUGACUAUCUUUUCUGUAUU